AUGAGUGCAUCUGAUAAUGUCAACUUAUUGUGCGUCCUAUUGGGAAUCCUCUUUGAUUGGGGUCUUCAAGGUGUUCUGACAGUGCAGAUCUUGUAUGGCAUGGCCAUCUUCGCAACAGUCCAGACAGGACUGAUCACCGCAUAUGCAUUCGAUAUAUAUGUAUACAAUAACGGAAACGUAGCGUCUAUGAUGGCCACGCACGAUGCAUGGUUCGCAGUGCCUGUCAUGUCGGCCAUGGUAUCCUGUACAGCGCAAAUAUACUUCGCAUGGCGUAUAUGGGUGCUCGCGCGGUCCCACAUCCUUGCAGGGAUCAUAAUAGUGAGCAUGCCGUCUACAGCUCUCUCUAGUCCAGGCGGGAGCUGGUUUCGCAACGGGGAUCAAGGUUCUUUCCAGGAGAAUAACGCGGCAGAUCUCCAUGCACUGGUUGGUAAUGGGGCUCUCAUUCUCGUAGACGUCAAGCCCUACCUGAUCCUGCUGUCGGCACAGUUAUUCAAAAUGAAAACGGGCGCCCCACGAUCUGAUGCUCUCAUCAACAAGGUCAUCCGUCUAGUUGUAGAAACAGGAACGCUGACAGCAUUAUUUUCUAUCGUACUGCUCACUCUGUGCCUCGCCCUUCCCGAUAACUUGGUGUACGAAGCUGCCUACGCAAACACGUUCCUAACGAACGUGAUUAAUCGCGCGUUCCUGCCAGCACCCACUUCCGUGGAAUCAAACAGGAGUGUAUGGCUGUCUUUCCAAGCUGCGCAACCGAGCACCCUCGCCACGACACCUUCUACUUCACUAUCCGCUGACGUGCCCGGGCGGAUUGGAACCUCUCACGGUGAUGAGUCGGGGGACAUCACUCUGUAUGAACUUGGGUCACACAAGAAGAAAGAUAUCUCAAUAAUCAAGGGAACAGAAUGCGAGGUUGUUGCAAGCACUGUCUAA